GAGACUGAGAGUUUAAGGUGCACCACACAGAAUAGCUUCAGUAUAGCUUCAUGCACAGCUUCCAGUGCAGUGAUGAACAUGGUGGAAGAUUACCAAAGACAUUUCAGCCACAGCUUUAACUACAGCCUUGACAACGGCACAUCAGGAAAUGACACCGCUGGAAGUUUCCAGUCUCUCUUCUCUCCAGUCAUGGACAAGACCAUGAACUGCAUCACCAUCAUCAUCCUCUUUAUCACUAUGAUUUCUCUGGGCUGCACCAUGGAGAUAGUUAAGAUCAAGCAGCACAUCGUCAGGCCGAGCGGAGUGGGUAUAGCGGUGUUGGCUCAGUUUGGAAUAAUGCCGCUCACAGCCUUCUGCCUGGCCAAGCUCCUCCAGCUGGGGCCCAUUGAGGCCAUCACGGUACUCAUCUGUGGAUGCUGUCCUGGAGGAAAUCUCUCUAACAUUUUCGCCUUAGCUCUCAGAGGAGACAUGAACUUAAGUAUUGUGAUGACCACAUGCUCUACAGUUUUGGCGCUGGGUGCAAUGCCCCUUCUCCUGUAUCUGUACUGCCAGGGCUUCUCUGGUCUGGAGGCAGCAGUUCCCUACACUGGGAUCAUCAUUGCGCUCGUCAUGACCCUUGUACCCUGCACUGUAGGAAUCGCCAUUAACCACUGGGCACCACGAUACUCUCAAAUCGUAAUUAAGGCUGGUUUUAGCAUCUUGCUAAUAGCCACUGUGGUGAUCGGUGUGAUGUGCAGCAUCACGUUAGGAGCAACAGUGUGGAUUGUGCUCUCUCCUCAAAUCCUGGCUGUGGCUUUUCUCAUGCCUUUUAUAGGCUACCUGUUAGGCUACACCAUGUCCAUCAUCUUCAAGCAGAAUGGCCCGUGCAGGAGGACAAUCGCUAUGGAGACCGGCUGUCAAAACAUCCAGCUGUGCUCAGCGAUUUUGAAAGUGGCCUUCCCUCCAGAGGUCAUCGGACCCCUGUUUCUCUUUCCACUGAUUUACAUCGUAUUUCAGGGUGCUGAAGCUCUAUUCCUCAUCUUGCUCUUCAGAAUAUACCAUAGGUUUAACCCCUCUAUCGAAGAGAAGACGUCUGGUCAGUCGGUUAAAGAUCCUGUAAAGAAAGCCGAAUAUGUGACAGUGGACAAAUGAUAGCAGAAUGAUAGAAAGAGAAGAGUAUGGAGAAGGAGAAGAAGGGCUCAUGAUCCAAAGUAUACCACAUCAUCUGUCAAACAAGGUUAUGGGCAUGUCUCACUGGUGUUUACUGAUGAUGUGACUGCUGAUGUGUGUGAAGUGUACAGAGCUGUUAUACAUUCUGCUCAGACACUACAGCACUCCACAAUAAAGAUGGAUAAUAACCCAAAGCAUACCACAACAGCUUCUUAAAGCAAAGAAUUCAGAGGUAGUCCCCUGACCUGAGCAUGCUGUUCACUAACCGAAGAUUAAACUACAGACUGAGAGACCCACAAACAAGCAGCAACUGAAGACGGUUGUAUUAAAGGUAUGGCAAAGCAUCACAAGGGUGGAGUGUCUGCACCCUAGUGUUCCUGACUUCAGACAGUCAUUGACUAAUGAAUUGUUAAAGAUAAUCCUUAUAUUUCUAAGCAAGUUAAUUUGUCCUUUUCAGCCUAUGAAAAUGGCUGUAAUGCCUAAACAUUUCAUGCAAAAUGUUUGUAAUCCCUUUCAAAUCCACAACCACAUCUUGAUUGCUUCAUUUCAAAUAAAAAGGGACAAAAUUUACACAACUCGUGUUGCUGUCCAAAUACAUAUGGACCUGACUGUAUAUACAUUCACUGUGUUCCAUUCACAUUAUGUUUGCUGUUGGUGCCAGACAGGCUUCUUGCAAACAUGGUGAGCAGAAAAGCAUCAAAACACAAGACUUACCCCAAACUGGACAGCUGAAGACUAGAGAAAGACCAGAUUUUUUUAAUCUUCAUCUGUCCAGUUUGGGGCGAGUCUCUGGCCCAGAGCAAGAGUCUUGUUCACUAGAGGAAUCUGAUGUGGAUUCUGCUGUUAGAGCUUGUCCACCUCAGGUUUGAUGUUCUAUGCAUGCUGAGAUACUCGAGACACUAUUUUGUUUGAAAUUUCCAGGAAAUCAUCACUUUCAACAACCAUGCCUUGGUUACUGUACACUUUAUCCCCUCAUUGUUCAAGGCGAACAAUAACUGAACGCUCUUGACAUGUUUCUGCGUGUGCUGCUGCUGCAUGGUUGUAUAAUAGCAUAAUAGAAUAGUAUAAUAGAAUUUACAGGUGUGCCUAAUAAGUAGUGCAAUGGUGUGUAUAUAUAUAUAUAUAUACACAUACACACACAUACAUAUUGCAACAAAUAUGUCGAAGCACAAGUAUGACCCGAAUAUGUAAAAUAUGGAUUUACACACAGGGGUUGGACAAUGAAACUGAAACGCCUGGUUUUAGACCACAAUAAUUCAUUAGUAUGGUGUAGGGCCUCCUUUUGCGGCCAAUACAGCAUCAGUUCGUCUUGGGAAUGACAGAUACAAGUCCUGCACAGUGGCCAGAGGGAUUUUGAGCCAUUCUUCUUGCAGAAUAGUGGCCAGGUCACUACGUGAUGCUGGUGGAGGAAAACGUUUCCUGACUCGCUCCUCCAAAACACCCCAAAGUGGCUCAAUAAUAUUUAGAUCUGGUGACUGUGCAGGUCAUGGGAGAUGUUCAACUUCACUUUCAUGUUCAUCAAACCACUCUGUCACCAGUCUUGCUGUGUGUAUUGGUGCAUUAUCAUCCUGAUACAAGGCACCGCCUUCAGGAUACAAUGUUUGAACCAUUGGGUGCACAUGGUCCUCCAGAAUGGUUCGGUAGUCCUUGGCAGUGACGCGCCCAUCUAGCACAAGUAUUGGGCCUAGGGAAUGCCAUGAUAUUGCAGCCCAAACCAUCACUGAUCCACCCCCAUGCUUCACUCUGGGCAUGCAACAGUCUGGGUGGUACGCUUCUUUGGGGCUUCUCCACACCGUAACUCUCCCGGAUGUGGGAAAGACAGUGAAGGUGGACUCAUCAGAGAACAAUACAUGUUUCACAUUGUCCACAGCCCAAGAUUUUCGCUGCUGGCACCACUGAAACCGACGUUUGGCAUUGGCACGAGUGACCAAAGGUUUGGCUACGUUGACCCUGUGGAGCUCCCGACGGACAGUUUUGGUGGAAACAGGAGAGUUGAGGUCCACAUUUAAUUCUGCAGUUAGUUGGGCAGCUGUGGUUUUAUGUUUUUUGGAUACAAUCCGGGUUAGCACCUGGACAUCCCUUUCAGACAGCUUCCUCUUGCGUCCACAGUUACUCCUGUUGGAUGUGGUUCGUCCUUCUUGGUGGUAUGCUGACAUUACCCUGGAUACCGUGGCUCUUGAUACAUCACAAAGACUUGCUGUCUUAGUCACAGAUGCGCCAGCGAGACGUGCACCAACAAUUUGUCCACUUUUGAACUCUGAUAUGUCACCCAUAAUGUUGUGUUCAUUGCAAUAUUUUAAGCAAAACUGUGCUAUUACUCUGCUAAUUAAACCUUCACACUCUGCUCUUACUGGUGGAAUGUGCAAUUAAUGAAGAUUGGCCACCAGGCUGGUCAAAUUUAGCCAUGAAACCUCCAACACUAAAUUGGCCAGUGUUUCAGUUUCACUGUCCAACCCCUGUAUGUGUGUGUAUAUAUAUAUAUAUAUGAAGAGAAAAACACAAACAGCAUUUUAUAGGUGAAACGAUAUUUAAUCAGAAACAAUUAUUUACAAUACAGAGAUAAAUUAAAUUAUUAUUAAUUUUUUUUUUUAAAUCCUAUGCCUGGCAAGGAACGUCACUCUGUUCCAAAAAAAUGAAAAACAGAUGUUAUACAGUACAGGACUUCACUUGUUUGGUAUUAAAUAAAUCAAUUUACAUUAAAUUAUCCAAAGCUCCUGCAAGAAUAUCAUCAUUAAAGCAAGGGGAGUUAGGAUCUUGCUUGCUUCAUAUAAUUAAAAAGGAUUUUACGAUGCUAAUCAAUAGCACGUCAUAUUCAAAGUCAUUUAAAAACAAGUUUACUAACGCAAAUCAAUGCACAUUAACGUAUGAACAAAAAAAAAAAAAAAGAGCCUGUGAUACAGUCAAAGCAAGUACAUUUGCUCAAGCUGUAAGAUGCUAUGAAAAUAAAAGUCAGGCGAUCCCUACAGAAAUGGCGCCCGGCUGCAUGUAGAGCUAACUUAUAGAUGAGGCCGUGUGCUACUGAAGGGUCUACAAUGUGUUUUUAUUCUUUCAGAGUGAAUCCAUGCGUUUUAAAUUCCACACAUCACCAACCGCCUCAGUCCUAGUCUAAAGCUUCUUAAAACACCAAGUCACAUGCCUUAUUACUUAAUCUUAUGGGUUUUUUUAAAUAAUACAUGCUAAUCUGAUAAGAUUUUUAUUUUUUUUU